AUGGAAGCUGCUAUUAGAUGGUCUCCACAUGCGACUCAGCAUUCGCCGCGCUUCCUGAUCAUCGAUGUCGCGACAAACCGUCUGCGACUGUGCCAGGUUGAGAAGUAUGAAAAGAACAAAGUGAAGUACAAGCAGCUCUGUCUUCGCGACAAGCUACCCAACUACACGGCCUUCGAUUGGUCCAAGCGGGAUGAGGCUUUUGUAGGCAUUGGUUCCGCGUCGGGAGAAGCAACAAUCGUACAGAUCGAUCCAGACCGCCCGCAGGGAGAUUUCAUACAUUCGUUUCCUAUACGGCAUCAACGAAAGUGCAACUCGAUCGCUUUCAGCGCCAAGAACUACGUGGCUACCGGACUUGACAGAGUGCGGAACGACGUGUGCCUUAACAUCUAUGAUCUCAAUAACCCUAAUGCCACAUCCACUUCGGAGCCCUACAAGAAGUUAGCGAGCUCGGAGGCCAUUUCCAGUAUCAAGUUUUUUUCAAAUCAGCCGGAUACCCUUGUAACCGGUGUCUCUAGGCAAUGUAUUCGCAUCUACGAUCUUCGAGAUUCUUCAUCCUCGGGUGUUGCUCAGUACCCCACUCGACAGGUGCACAACAUUGCUAUCGACCCCUUAGACGAGAAUUACUUCGUCUCCGCUGGUACCACCGGUGACCCCACUGUCACUGUCUGGGAUCAGCGCUAUGUUAAGCAAAGAAGCAACGAUGACGGAGCGGUGCUCGACUUUCGACCCAUAGUCGACAACAGUCACUCUGCUACCAUAUGGAGCUUGCGAUAUUCCGGUACAAAGAAAGGAACAUUUGGUGUCUUGGCGAACUCGGGCGAAUUCAAGAUCAUCGAGCUCGCGCAGCAUUUGCAUCGCCCGGAACCUGACCAAUCGCUGAAAGCUGGACCACAUACCCAAGCUUGGGACUCGCAGCAUUACACAAAGGUAUCGCAUAAUCUGCGAUAUCCAUCCUAUGACGACCGGAGCGGCAAGCAAGACCAGAGUCGGGUCGUAGCAUACGACUUCAUAAGUCCUGGAAAUCCAUUUAGUGGACCCGCGGCACUAGCAUUCCACCCGAACAGGGACAUUUCAGUCUUGAGAGUACCUCCUCCAGCUCCUCGAAUCAGCAUGACUGCGCUGGAAGAAAUAUACAGAAAUCGCACGCCUAUUGCCAAGCCCAGUCGAAGAGAGGGCACCGUUGCAGAUGAUCUGAUCGAGCUGCAGAACCAAGCACUGAGCAAUAAACUCGAAAUCAGUCCAGAUCCGAGAGACACCCUUACCGGAAGGCUAGAUAGACUCAAUGUCGAAACCUCACAUCGGAGCAUACCGCUUGAAUCGGCAUCUCAUUCGAGCCAUCAGAUUCACCAAGACCUACUCACUCUUGCAUACCCCGCAGUAAAGCUACCCCUUGAUGAUCUUCUCAAAAGUAUGCAGACUCAAAAGCGUCGUUGUCAGGAAGGGUACAACCUCGAAUGCCGCAAGAACAAAGAUGUCGUAUCAAACGACCCCUGGCUCGUAGAUGCAUGGAAUCUAGUCGAGCGAAUGGAAAUACACGCUUCUAAUGAUGGUAUGGCUGCCAAAGAGGGUCUCGAUUUGGCAUAUUUGGGUGUCACCGAUAUCUGGGCCAAUGAGCUCACGAUGUACGAUCAACGGCAGGUCGAUCCUGAUGCCAAAACCUCCGAGAAAGUCUUCACAGACACUGUAACAGAGAUAUGCGAGAAGAAAGAGUUCCCGCCUUUCAUUGGUGUUGCCACUGAUCGUCCAGAUAAUCGUCAACUCUGUCUUUCUCUCUGCGGAUGGAAUCUCUCGAAGAAGGGUCUACGCGAGCGCUGUGGCUUACUGGUAGAUGAAGGACAAUACUAUAAAGCUAUCGUGCUCGCCGUAUUCCAGGGCUACAAAGAUGUUGCACUCGACAUCCUCAAGGAGACCAUACGAGCGAAGCAGAUCGAGAACGUUGGCCUCGGUGCAGUCAUUGCAUGCAACUCGGUCAACGAAGACCAGCGGCAUCUUUGCUCCUGGAUGGCUGACAUGACCGACGAACCCUACCUCAAAGGUCUUCUCGCAUAUUUCAUAAGCGGUGACUGGACCACUGUUGUCGAAAUGCAACAGCUCUCACUACCAGACCGUGUCGGUGUAGCUCUCAAAUACCUCCCCGACGAUAAACUCACCCACUUUCUCAAGCUCUGUACCCAAGAAACAGUCGCAUACGGCAACAUUGAAGGCCUACUCCUCACAGGUCUCACGAAUCGCGCAAUGGAUCUCUUCGAGCACUACAUUGCCAAGUUCGGCGAUCUUCAAUCCGCUGUCCUGCUCCUCUCCCGAGCAUGUCCGCUAUAUAUACAAGACCCGCGCUUCUCUCUUUGGAAAGAGAUCUAUCUCAAUCAGAUGCAGGUCUGGCGCAGCUUCCUCGAAAGAACACGCUAUAUCAAAGAACAUAAUUUGAAGAGUGUCUCGCGAGACGGUCUCGCAACUACGAAGCCUUCAUCUCCCUCCGUCUCCCUACGCUGCCAUAAUUGCCAGCAAAACCUCGCCCUCCGUCGCGACCCGAAGAGCUCCCGCUCCUACCUUAUGCCAACGACACCCUCCCAUCACCACCAACCCUCCACAUCGCGCCCGCUCCGCCCGCCAAAACCCAAAGGCAGCACGACCUCGCCCUCGCUCGCCUGUCCGAACUGCAACGCGCAGAUGCCGCGCUGCGGGCUGUGCAUGAUGUGGCUGGGCAGUCCCGAUCCGAGCAAAUUGGGCGCAGCGCAGACGCUGAAAGAGGAGGAUCUAGAAGCCAGACUGAUGAAUCUCAUUCAUCGGUUUGAAGACUUGAAGAAGUCUUUCAAUUUUCUUCUGCACCACCCAAACCUUGGCACGACCGCCGCGCCCUCUCCGCAACAGCCGCAGCUCACGGACACUUUGUCCCGCAUAUCAUACCUUAUCCGUGAAGGCAGCCUCGACGACGUGAUCGACUUUGUCACGAGCCCCCGCUUUGACGACCCCGCAUACCUUACCCUCCUCACAAUCGUCCUCGCUACUGUUUUUCUGACGAUGUCGUGGUUCUCUCGUGGUACUGGCGGCAGCGGCUGGGGCGGUCGCUUUUCACCUUUCGGGCGCAGUCAUACCAACACUGGAGAGGUAUCCGAUUCCGACUACUCAUAUAUCACCUCCGCCGAUCUGAAGAAAGAAGAGGGCCGCAAUCGUAGCUCGUCGCGGCCCGAGGUCGUCGACUGGGACGACCAGGAUCCGCAGCGCCAGACCGACGUUCUCGUCUUCAAGAAAGACGGCACAAAGUACCCUACACACUUCCCCGCGCAGAGCAUACGGGAUGGCGAUCUGAGGGUCAGCACUAUACGGCAGGCAGCUGCAAAGAAGCUGAAUAUCGACGAUCCGCGUCGGAUACGCCUAUUCCACAAGGGCAAGAACCUGAAGCACGAUGAGCGCACAGCGCGUGAGGAAGGUUUACGUGGUGAUGGUAGUGGCAGCGAGAUUCUUUGCUCGGUAGGCGAGACGGCCACGGGCAGCUUAGCACCUGGCGCAGAAGGUGGGGCACCACGAGCCUGGAGCGACGGCGAAGAUGAGGGAGAUGACACGGAGAGCGGUGUAGACUCUGGCGUCAACACGCCUGGUAAAAAGAAGAACAGGAAACGUGGUGGGAAGAAGAGCAAGAAGAAGAAUGCUCCUACAUCGGGCACCAGCACACCUGGGAUGGGCUACACGAACGCCGGACCGUCUGGCGCAGAGUACCUCCCCAUCCCUUCUCACGUCCCGGGUCCCCGCCCGACAUCGAAAUCGGCACCUGUCUCUGGUGCCGCAACACCUCAGUCUCCGCUGGGCAAGCUCGAUGCGCUAGCGUCCAAGUUCCACACCGAGUACGUCCCGCUGUGUGUCAAAUACAUGCAGAACCCACCCGAAGAGAAGGCUAAAAGGGAAUUUGAGUACAAGAAGCUGUCUGAGACGAUCAUGACUCAAAUCCUGCUGAAGCUAGAUGGCGUUGAGGUCGAGGGCGACCAAGAUGCUAGGAUGAGGCGGAAAGAGCUCGUGAAAGAGGUGCAAGGCAUGCUCAAUACGUUAGAUGGAACGAAGGAGGGAAAGUGA